AUGGACUAUAUCAUGAAGCGCUCGUCUUUCAACUCUCGACCUCUAUCCGAAGCAACCGAAAUCCAAGACCUUGAUUAUGAAGUCGAGUACUCCGAACCCGAAUCCCCACGACGAAGCCUCGAAUCAUUUGGAACUGGUAGCGCUACCACUCUGUCACUCUCGGAUGAACCUCCGACCCCUGGCCCUUAUGAGACCCGGGCCUUUGAGCUCCCACCAAGGAACCUAAGUAAACCAGUGCAGGGACCUUCAGGGCCCCAUCUCUUCAGGGGAUCUAUGGACAGCACGAUGCUCGAAAAACCCACCGUCGAAGAGUGGCAACUGUCGAUGUCUCCUGUAUCUCUUGAGGAUAUCAAAGUCCCCAUGUGGGUUCCUCAGGAACGAAGAUCUUCCGACCCAGCUCGCUUCACGGAAAUCCCAAGGACAUCUAGUAGUAUGUCUCAUCCGAAAUCCAGCAGUAGCAGCUCAUCGUUUGUUCAAAGUUGGACGCCAACCCAAGUUGCUGAGUGGAUGUACGAGGUUGGCGUGGAGGACAGCCUGGUUGAACGCUUCAUUCAAAACGAUAUCUCUGGUGCCGUUCUUCUCGACCUACACCUUGACGACCUUAAGGAGUUGGAUAUCCAGUCCUUUGGCAAACGUCACUACCUCAUGAACAUGAUCCAGAACCUGCGGAACGCUUCUGAUCCUUCCUCUAUGCCGGAGCUCGCACGGGUCAGCUCUUCCAUGUCAAACAGCCCUCCCUUGCCAAAAAUCGAGUCUCCUGAGUGUACCACAUCCGCGUCUCCUGAUGACGGUGCUAGGCAUGGUGUGCCUGCUCACAAAAGACGUGGCCGCCGCAACCGUGUUAUUUCAGAGGAAGACAUCAUAUCGCCUGCCGAAUCCGUUUCUAUUGUUGCUAUUGAACAACUACUCCCCAAGCCACACAAAUGCUCCAAGGGAGAAAACUGUUCCAAAUAUCAGAAGAGACAGCGAAAGCUUGCCCGGAUUGCAAAACAGUUUCCAAACGAGUUCGCUCUCAUCGAUGGUGAGCUCGUUGCCACCACAAACCAAGUCGUACCUCCAACCCCUGCCAUGACCCAAAUCAGCCGAAAAUCAGAUACUGCGCCCUCACUCGUUGCAUCGUCUGAUGUUCUUGGCCCCGGUUUUCUUCCCGAUCUACACCCUGAGCUACAGCUUAAUGCUGCGAACCUGAACGGAGUUAGGCCCCGGGAUCCUCAGGAAAAUGUUAGACAGUUCCUUACCUUCCAACAUAUGCAUAGCCCUGACCUUAAUUCGUCCACGACAAAUCAACCUUUGGAGAUGUUCCCGCCUCUCCCUUCUCAGGAGCAACCAGUUCAUGUAUCCAACCAACUUCGAUCUCUACCCAAACUCACCAUCCCAAACCAGACUCAUUCCAGCAGCGAUCCAGCAUCGGCUUUACGCACUGUUACCCCCUCUAUGGGCGCGCGGGUUGUAAAUUCACCCACUGCCACGCAGGAGUACAACCCAUACUCCUUUGACGAUAACAACACAUAUCGCCAUGGAACUCCAUUCUCUGAGAUGGAUGUCCCCGUCACCGCUAUGCCUGUCGAGCCCUUGGCCAGAGAAACAUCCCAGUCCGUCCCUCCGGGUAUGAGAUAUGGAAAUAUUUCAACACGGCAACACCAGUCUCCUGAUCCCCUAGCCCGAUCAAGGUCAACUCGGCCUGAACGCCAUCGCCGACAUCCAUCUGUCAAUACCAUGACCCCCUUGCAUGAAAUCGAAGGCCUCUCACCAAUCGAGAACCCAUCGGAUAUGGAUGCCGCUAUUAAACCACAAGCACCUAUUACACAACGUGCUGGUUCCUCUGGGUCGUCUUCGUCCUCGUCUACACAGAAAGACCCGGACGUUACCCACAGCGGAUGGAUGAAGAAGAGAAGAACCACCCGCCUUCUUCGCCACGAAUGGCAAGAUGCACACUUCACCCUCAAGGGGACCAUUCUUGCCAUGCACAAAGAUGAGUUCGACACCCAUCGCCACAGCAGGGCCCUCGAAUCUAUCGACGUAGACGACUAUGCUGUUGCUUGUUCCUCUCUAGCAUCCAACUCCAAGCUCACGGCAGCCUUCAAACGCUCCGUCCUCCGCAAAGCAGCUAACCUCAACUCCAAUGGCGGCUCAUACAAGGGUAUGGACGAAACCGCGUUCGCAUUCUCGUUGAUCCCCGCUACCAAACCCAUGGAGCGCAAAUCUAUCUUCACUGCAAAUGGAAAAAACCAUCAUUUCGCUGUCAAGACUCGUGACGAGCGUAUUAAUUGGAUGCGUGAGCUCAUGCUCGCGAAAGCUCUGAAGAAGGGCAAAGAAGCAGGAAACGAGAUUAAAAUGAACGGCAACUUCAUCUGA